AUGCACCGGCUCCUCUCUACCUAUGACCUUAUAUGUCUUGUCAGCGAGGUCGUCGACAGACCAGACGCGUAUGCGAUGUCCUUGACGUGCCGUGCUUGGAAGGAAGCUGCACUAAGUCGCAUCUGGAGAGAUUUGGAUUUCAUCCAACUCAUGACCCACCUGUUCUCUCUUUUGCCCUUGGAUGUGUAUCGCCCUCCUACGACCAAACAUGUCACGAUAUUCCGUUUAUACGGGCCGAAAUGGUUGCGAUCCCCCGAUCACAGUCACUUCGAGAAACUGUACAAAUACUCAGAGCGCGUCAGGUGCUUGGAUCUUGAGGAUGCCGACUCAAACGUUCUCUCCGUACUCUUUGACAACCCUCCACCUCGACCUCUCUUUCCUGGGUUGGUUGUCCUGAAAUUGCCUCCCUCGGCUUUCACUGCUGGCGAACGACCGUCUCCGAAGUUUAUGCAUCUCUUCCAUUCGGCUUCUCUUCAGCAGAUUUGGGCCACUUGGCAGACUCCUUCCAGCCGAGGGCAGCGCUUGGAGAUCGACCUAGACGCAUGUGUCGCACAGACGCCCGAACUUCGGCUCUCCAUCGAGGCAAGUCGAUACUAUGCGAUAAUGCCUACCAUGCGUGGUCCACGCUGGGAUAUAGUUCGCAAGUUCGUCAUAUACCAUCUCGUCAACGACGCCGAGUGGAACAUGUUGGCCUCCCUUCCAUGUUUACAGGCCCUCGAAGUGACGUGGAAGGGCUACGGACAAGCACCAUAUCCGCGAUUGCCAUCCGCCGACCAUCCAUUCCACGCCCUGCGCGAUCUUGUUAUAAAGACGGACGAAGAUUGCCGAGUAUUCGUGGCUGACUUGAUCAAGCACUGCGAUCUCGUCCGCCUUCGCUCCCUCAUCAUCGAAACCACUCUGGAAGAAGACGCGCCAGUCAGAGCACCGACAAAUAAUUGGCGUCCCCUUCUAGAGGCCCUCCGCGACCACUGUGACCCUGGUACACUUGAGACGUUGGACUUGCGCGACAGUGGCGAGCCAGCGAGGGUUGACAGUGGUACUCUGGAGCUUCUGCUACCGUUCCGCCGCUUGGAGAUGCUCAGGCUGGAAAGCAAGGGCGGGUUCAAGUUGUCCGACAGCGCCGUGGAGUCGCUCGCAUCGGGAUGGAAGCACCUGCGCACAUUGCAGAUCCGGAUUGCCCAACAGUGCACGUCUCUGGAGUCAUUGACCAUCACGGUGGACCUGAAGGCCGACUUCGUCGUGCGGAUAUACGACAAGGACCGUCCGCGGAGCACGACCGUCACCCACCUCGACUUUUGGAACUCGGAGCUGGCGGACCCGUUCAACGUCGCGCAGCUCAUCGUCGACACGUUCCCCGCAGCGCCGCUGUACGGGAAGGUGCAGGCUGCCAUUCUACACGACAAGUUCAUGGACGAUAUCAUCACCGACAUGGAGAAGAGGAUGCGGACGCGCGAAUGGAUUGCGUGGGACAAGUGGGAGAAGGUGUUCCAGAUCAUGUGGAUGGUGCGGGAGGCGAAGGAUUUCGACGGCACCCGGCCUAGGACAUCGACGAGGGUAAGCGAUAUUCAAUCGUACCGUGAUCUAUAA